AUGGAUAUAGAUAGAAAUAAUUUUAAAGACAAUUAUUAGAAAAUCAUUUAACUAAUUUAAUCAUGUGAUUUUAUUUCUUUUGAUUGUGAAUUUUCAGGUUUAGCUACUGAGCGCUUUUCAAAGAUAAGAAAGUAUGACAGUGAUGAAGAUAUUUAUUAAAAGUUAAAACACACUGUUUAAAAUUAUCAUUUGCUAUAAAUUGGACUGUGCAUUUAUACUUUUUGCAAGGUUUAAAAAAAAUACAUUGCCUAUCCUUAUAAUAUUUAUUUGAAUCCAGUUUAUACUACUAGUUCAGAGUCUAUUAAGAAGUAAAUCAUUUAGUUAGAAUGCUUUAAUUUCAUGGCAGUAAAUGGAUUAGAUUUCAACAAACUUUAUUCUUCUGGAUUGUCUUACAUAAAGCUUGCAUAAAAAGAAAAAAUUUUGGAAAACAGCAAGUACUAAUAGAAUCAUGGAAUAGCUUUAAGCAAGGCUAGUCGUGAUGCUUUGGAACAAAUUGUGAAGUAGAUUUAGGAGUAUGACCAAGAUAACAACAAUACAAAAGAUGUAACAAUCGAGUGUAAAUCUCAGUAUUUGUGCACAAAGAUUCUUAAAAAGUAAAUUGGACAAGCUAUUUACUCUUGUUAAAAUGUAAACGUAGAUAAGGGUUAAACAAAUACUUAGUUGAUUAUUAGAAAAAAGAAACCUACACAGAACCAAUAUUUUAAAAAUAAGUAAGCCUAAGAUAUAGAUGACGAUGAAAAUAACAAUAAUAAUGGUACUGAAGAAAUCAAAUAAAAUGGAGAUGGAGAUGAUGUUUCAAAUCCUUCUCAUUCUAGUUCAGAAAUAGAUUUACUGGGUUUCUCAUUAAUUGUUGAAGCAAUUGUCAACUCUAAGAGACCUAUUAUAGGACAUUAUAUGGGAUAUGAUCUAUUUUAUUUCUACGAUCACUUCAUUGAUGUUUUACCAAAUACUUUUGUUGAAUUUGUUGAAAAGGUAAAUAAAUACUUCCCAUAUGUCAUAGAUACUAAAGUGUUAGCUAGGAAAUUGUAAAAUAAAGUUAAAAAACUACCUCUUCAUUUAGAAGGACUUUACAGAGCUGUAGCAAAAGAUGAAAAAUGCUUAAAAAAGCACCAUAACACUGUUUUGACAAAUGACCCAUAAUUCUCUAAGUACACAAAAGAAGGGUAAUUGCACGAAGCUGGUUUUGAUUCGUACAUUACUGGAGCUUCUUUUAUAGGAAUGUGUUACUUUGAGAAGUUUGAACAGGAGAAGGAAAAGUAAUUGAAAGAUGUUCCUUAAAGAACUAAAAAAGGCAAAGUUGUGUAAGAAUACUAAGACAAACAUGAUUAAAUUCUUAAACAAGUAAUGGAAACUUUUAUUGAUCCAAAUUUUGCAAAAGAACAUUUAAAUCAUAUCUUCUUGCAAGGAGGAACCUUUUACUUUAAUCACGAGUUUUAAGUUGCCAGAGAUUCUUUUGACAUCAACCACAACAAAGAAUUUCUCAAUAAUACUUUAUUUAUUAAAUUUGAUCCUCAGAUUUCCUUCUAAAAUUUAGCUGAUCAUUUCUCAUAGUUUGGAGAUGCAGAAAUAAGCAUUGUGGAUACAAAUUUAGCAUAUGUAGAAUACGAACAGUUUGAGUUAUUUGAAGGAAUUGAAGAUAAAUUAGACCACAUUAUUCCUCUUUUAAAGAAUGAUAAAAUAGAAAUUAGCAAAUAUGUUGAUAGAAAAAGAUUUACUGCUUUUUCAUAUUUUAAUUGA